AUGUGGUCAGAUGGCGAGAGACCAAGUCCAAGAACAGAUCUUCGAAAACGCGGCACACAAUAUUCUACUUCCUCUCAGCGACGUCUUCCACCAAAAAGUGAUCCAUUCCAGAAAUGUUCGAUGUGCUCAAAUAACAUCUGCGGUUUCCUUCAGCACAGCGGGACAUCCAGUGCUCGUUCCGUAGUACUCUCCUGCGCUCAUGUCGUAUGUGACGAUUGUUUCGAGAAGCUAGGUUCAACAUCGUCUCAAACAGAAAAUCACGAAUACGUUAAAUGUGUGCUUUGCCGAUCGACGGUAACCUAUACACUACUUCCAACUUUGGACGAUAUUAUACCGUUAACGUUGUGUUUCAAAUGUGCCGAGGAGCAUAGCCGCCUAUCUCACUGUAUUAAAAAGGAAAGUUCACCUCGUGUUCAUCUCCCUCUAAAGUAUGUUCAGUGCUGGAAUCAUCUGCGCCGGUUCGACGGUCGGUGUAAACUAUGUGAUCAGCUACUCUGCUCGGAAUGCCCCUUGAAUUCCAAUAAAGAAAACGGGUGUGAAGAACACAGGAAAGCUAGUUUGUCGUCAUCUGAUUUUGGUCUGGAGGACAGUAUGUUGUUUGCAGAACGCAUACAGGAGGAAAUAGCUAUCGCCAUGAAUUCAGCAGUAGGGUUCAGAGAUGAACUAUGUGCUCGUGCUAAUCUUCUCAAGAAUGAAAUAUGCGCUCACAUUUACUACAUGAUGAACGCUCUUCCAAUUAUUGGCCGAGAUAAGCAGGAGAAGAAGCCGCCAACAAAGCAGUUAGACGAAGUGGUCAGCCGUUGCAAUCAUGCACAGCGACAUCUAGAUACGGCAUGUGAAUUGGAUGAAAAAGCCCGAGACAUUAAUCUUCUGAAAGACUCUGACAGCGCUGACUUCUACAAGUGCCUCUCGUAUCAGCUUUUCCGACCAGUUUUCGCACUUUUAGGCGAAAAUCAGAAAUGCAUACCAAACAGCGCUGAUAGUCUAGAGCUUAGAGUGGGAAACGUCAAUACUCAGGAGAUUAUCAACAAGGUCGGUUCGUGGGGGUCCAACAUCACUUCUACCUGCCACGACCUUGGCUCUGAAGCUAUUUCAAGAACAAUAAGGAAGUUGCGGCCUGAUGAGGCUUGGGAUGCGAAGACUCCUCCACCCACUAUUGGGUGCUAUGCGGCACUCGAUCUACAUGUGACUCCUCGAGAAGUGCCGCUAUUCUUUCUGUCGGCGUUCAAUAAUUUGUGGAUGAAAUUCAUUCUGAAUGCAUGUAAACCGGAUCACUUCACUUUGUUGAAGCCUGGCGAAUGUGAUCCCGUUCCACCGUGCUCGGAGACGUAUUCGUCCAGUAACCGCUCUCCACUUGAGCAACGUGAGGAACAUUGCUUCCCAUCUUCGUCAGAGAAAAACCCUUCGGCUACUGUAUCUCCUCGAGUGAAGCGUUUACCGAAUGGAAUCGUUGUUCAUCGAAUUCUUGCUCUUAAUUCCGGAAUGUCUGUUUUUCGCAGUGCUGGAGAUGUUCUGCUAACGUGUGAAGAUCUCUUCUGUAUUGGGCAUCGUUUAUGCUCUAAACGGGAUGUACGGAUAAAGCGGGUUCACUUGCUAAGAAUGGUUGCUAACGUGCUAGAAAGAAUCGACUCGGAUCUUAAUUUUUGUUCAAAAAUCAGUUAUGAUGAAUACCCUACAGAUUAUUGGGAUGCCACAGAUAUGCGUGAUGUUGAGGAGAUAUUCGAUGCUUUGUGUGCCACCGCACAUUUUCAAGGAUGGUCCUAUACAAAGUUGAUGCCGAUGGCUAUGGUCCUCUACGCUGCGAAUUUCUACUUCAAUGAUUUUAGCAAAUUUUUCGCAGUACCAUCUGAUGUGAUAAAUUCUCGGAAGAGGAACUCGGAAAGCGAUGGCUAUGAUCUUCAUCAUGAAAAUGGUUCAUCUUACCCGGCAGCAAUCAAGCGAGGACUCAGCUAUAAUGAGCAAUCGGACGAACAUGCUAGUCAGUCUCCAUGUUCUUAUUCGAACCGUAGCGUUGCCGCGGACGAGAAAGAUUCUUCUGAUAGACGAGAAAGGGAAAGGCUGAUCGUUAAGAUUCGGCGUUGUGGAGCUACUCCAUCCGUCUCGCACAUAGAGGUCGCUCCACCAUCUCAUGAAGAAGAUGAUUCCGUAGCAGAAUCGGAUGCUGGUGUAAGACCACUCGAUAAAGAUGGAUCGCACGCUUUUUGUUGGAAAUGCAACGAUAAUACGGAAAAUGCGGAGGAGGUCAAGGGAAUGUGCUCAAAGUGUCCACGAGUAUUUCAUGCCAAAUGUCAUAUACCGCCAGUAGCUGGAUCCUGGGAUGACACUCCCGAUGAUUGGGUAUGUUCUAUCUGUGAGCGAGUUUAUGACGAUGGGUCGCCAUCUAGUACUUUAAAGCUGUGUUAUAAAGUAUUAUUAUGCUGUUACGAGCAUGCUGAAUGUGCGUCAUGUUUUGCACAGCCAGUUCCUGCGAACACGCCUGGGUAUUACAAGGUGAUUGAACAUCCUAUGGAUCUCGGUACAAUAGCAGUACAACUGCAAACUACUAACUUGACGAAUGUUAUGCCAGUUUCUGAGUUUAUUGAGAAAAUGAACACAGUGUUUCGGAACUGCUCCAAGUUCAACCCGAAAAACUCACCCGUUGCUGAGGCUGGACGUAAGGUUUGGCAAUCGUACCAAUCUGCUGUCAAAAAGUAUUUGCCAUCCUACACCAAAGACAUUUGGUUGUAUGUGAGUCUGCAUGAUCGGAAGAAAAGGCGGAAGAGGUCGCUGAGCAAAGGUGACCAUAAAUCAUCCAGGUUGUCGUUGGUUUAA